CAAUCAUGUCGCCGUUGUUGAGCUCGGUCGUAUCUGUUCUCAACGUCACUCUUUCUUUGAAUGCUUACUCACAAUACAUUUUCCAGCCCGUUGAAUCUGCAGAUGUGCUCAACAAACGCCAAUCCGCACAACCGUUCAACAGUGACUACAAUGGACCAAAGUUUUCUUCACCACCGAGCUACCCUUCACCGUGGGGUUCUGGAGCCGGCAACUGGUCGGCCGCCUACGAAAAAGCUCGAGCUUUCGUGAGCCAACUGACUCUACUCGAAAAAGUCAACCUCACCACCGGUGUAGGCUGGGAAAGUGAGAGAUGUGUCGGAAAUGUGGGAGAAAUCCCUCGGUUGGGAUUUCCGAGUCUAUGCUUGCAAGAUAGUCCUCUCGGUGUCAGAGAUGCCGAUUAUGUUUCCGCCUUCCCGGGUGGUGUGAAUGUCGCUGCGACAUGGGAUCGAAAUUUGGCUCGCGCUCGUGGAGUGGCAAUGGGUGAAGAGCACAGAGGUAAAGGCGUGGAUGUUCAGCUUGGUCCAGUGUGCGGCCCCUUGGGUCGAUCGCCCGAGGGCGGAAGGAAUUGGGAAGGAUUCAGCCCUGAUCCCUAUCUCACCGGCGCUCUGGUCGCCCCGACUAUUCAGGGCAUUCAGAGUGCAGGUGUCAUUGCCUGCACCAAGCACUUCAUUACCAACGAACAAGAGCACUUCCGUCAGGUGGGAGAAUCUCAGAACUAUGGAUACAACAUUACCGAAACGCUCAGCUCCAAUCUCGACGACAAGACCAUGCACGAGCUCUACCUCUGGCCUUUCGCCGACGCUGUAAGAGCAGGAACGGGAGCAGUCAUGUGCUCUUACAACCAGAUCAACAACUCGUAUGCUUGUGCCAACUCUUACACUUUGAACCAUUUGUUGAAGAACGAGCUCAAUUUCCAGGGCUUUGUCAUGUCUGAUUGGCAAGCUCAGCAUGCUGGAAUGGCAACUGCCUUGGCAGGCCUUGACAUGACCAUGCCCGGUGACACUCUCUUCAACACGGGUCGAAGCUAUUGGGGUACCAAUAUGACAAUUGCUGUGAUCAAUGGAACUUUCCCCGAAUGGCGUCUCGAUGAUAUGGCAACUCGUAUCAUGGCAGCUUACUACUAUGUUGGUCGUGACACUCACUACGUUCCCACCAACUUCUACGCUUGGAGCGAAAACACCAAUGACAAGAUUCACGCCGCAGACCCGCAAUCGCCCAUUGGUCUCGUCAAUGAGCAUGUAAAUGUUCAGGAUGAACAUCGCAAUGUCAUCCGACAAGUUGCUCAGUCUUCGAAUGUACUCCUCAAGAACACUGGAGGUCUUCCACUCACCGGCAAGGAGAAACAAGUUGGCAUCUUUGGAUAUGAUGCUGGCAGCAACCCAUGGGGUGCCAACGGCUGCCCUAACAGACAGUGCGACAACGGAACCCUUGCCAUGGGCUACGGAAGCGGUACAGCAGAGUUCCCAUACUUGGUCACCCCUGAGCAGGCUAUCCAACAAUACGUCUUGACUCAGACCGAUGGUGAAGUGUUUGCGAUCCUCGACAACUAUGCCGACACUCAGAUGCAGCUCCUUGCGUCACAGACCGAUGUGGCCAUCGUAUUUGGCAAUGCUGACUCUGGCGAAGGUUUCAUCACCAUUGACGGAAAUACUGGCGAUCGAAACAACCUAACCCUAUGGGGUGGCGCAGAGCGAUUGAUCAACAAUGUGACCAAAUAUUGCAACAACACCAUCGUGGUUCUGCACACCGUUGGACCUGUCAAUGUUUCCUCUUGGUAUGACAAUGAAAACGUCACCGCUAUCAUUUGGGCUGGUCUUCCUGGUCAGGAGAGCGGCAAUGCCAUUGUGGACGCGCUGUACGGUUUCAUCAACCCUGGCGGCAAGCUACCUUUCACGAUCGCCCGCAAUCGUGACGACUACGGCACCGAUGUUAUCUACGAACCCAACAACGGACAGUUUGGUGCUCCACAGGAUUACUUCUCUGAAGGGGUCUUCCUUGAAUACCGCUGGCUUGAUGAACAUAACAUCACGCCCAUUUACGAGUUUGGCUUUGGCAUGAGCUACACCACAUUCGAAUACUCGAACCUCGUCAUUACACCAGCAAGCCCGGCUCCAUACACACCUAGCAGUGGAGAGACCGGGCCUGCUCCGGUAUUGGGAAAUUUCAGCACCAAUCCCGCCGACUAUCUGUUCCCCAACAACACCAUUACAUAUCGUCCUUAUCUGUACAUCUAUCCUUACCUGAACUCCACCGAUCUCAAAGCAUCUUCUGACGACACUGAUUAUGGUCUACCCUCGGAUCAAUACAUUCCCCCUGGGGCUACUGACGGCUCUUCCCAACCACUGCUACCGGCUGGCGGUGCUCCCGGUGGCAACCCGGGACUUUACGAGACUGUGGCCACGGUGACCGCGACGAUCACCAACACCGGUGAUAUUGCGGGUGACGAAGUUGCCCAAUUGUACGUCGGGCUGGGAGAUGGCGAACCGCCCAAGGUUCUUCGCGGCUUUGACAGACUCACCAUUGCCGCCGGGGCCUCGGCAACAUUCACGGCUGAAUUGACUCGUCGCGACGUAUCGGUUUGGGACACUGCUUCGCAAAAUUGGAUUCAAGUUGAGAACCCCAUCAUCUACGUCGGUGCAUCCAGCAGAAAUCUUCCUCUCUCUGGAACCCUGUCUGGUGGUAGUAGUUCAGGCGGCGGCGGUUCUGGCCCAUCUGGAAACCCGAGCGGAGGUUGGGGACCUUCCGCGAGUGCCAGUGGUGGAUAUCCUGUAACUCAGAUCUCGGACGGUCAACCACAGGCACCAACAGGACCUCCUGUUUCUCAGAUCUCGGACGGGCAGCCACAGGCACCAACGGGAGCUCCCGUCUCGCAAAUCUCGGACGGGCAACCCCAAGCACCUACCUCGACGUGGUAGUCGAAGCCAGUCCUU